AAAUCAGUAUGCUCCCGUACAUUCUUAAUGACGAUUUAAUGUGUGAACUCACUCACCUGGUGUUAUUCUAUUUGGCUUUCCCUUGGUUCUUCGCCAAGUUUGGGGUCUUUUUCCUUUGGAAAAAAUAUAGUGGCUUCUGCGAUUCUGUUCGUCUUUUUGGUAAUCGUUUUGGUGCAAAGAGACGAGACCCACCCAUUCCCAUCGGCGAUGUUUAUGUCAAGGUGGGUAAAGACAUUUUACUCCUUGACGAUGUCAAAAAAAAUCCGGCUUUGUUGUGUCCUUCUCCUUCGUCUCUUGCCUGUCCUUCUGCUCCUGUCGCUGCUUCUCCUGUCGUUGGUUUGCCUCCUGUCGCCUCCGUUUCUUCUUUUCCCCCUUUUAAAAAGAAGGAACCAAUUUGUGUUUCUUUAGAUUGCGCUUGUGUGGCUGGUGGCCCUUGUACCGGACGCGGUUUUCUUCCUCCCUUGCUGCCUCUUGGCCAACGCACCUCGGUCUCUCUUUCUUUUGCCUUCGGUUGUGAAGCAAUUACGGAUGCGUGGAAGGUUGCGAAUCCUUCUGCUUGUGUAUUUUCUUCCUCCUGCCGUCCUCAUUUUGCAGAUUCUGGCAGUACAGGUCAGACUACCUCCUCUUCUUUUGGUUUUGUGGUUUCUUCCCCUCUUAGGGAUAACACAACUCCGGCGGUUUCUUCCCCAUUUGGGGAUAACGCCUUCGUAGCGGUUUCUUCCUCUGUUGAGGAUAACGCUUCCCUUCCUGUUGCUUCUUGUGUUUCGGUGGAGCCUGUUGUUUCAGGUGAUUCUCCACCUUUGUCGCUUUCGACCUCGGUUCCUGCUGCUGUUGGUUGGGAUUCCUUCCCUUCUUCUCCGGCCUCGUCCCCUCGUCCUGCCCUUUCUGACUUUCCUUCGUUCCCUGCUUCUCCUGUGUUGUUGUCCGCUCCCGGUUCUCCUGCUUCUUCGUCGGCUCCGGCCUCACCCGGUUUGUCUUUUGCUCCCUUUGCUUUGUUUGGGGUUGAAAUGACUCCACCCUCCUCUCCUUCGCGUAGUCCUUCUGUCUUGUCUCCUCGUGCUUCCUCCCCUCGUCGUCCAUCUUCCUCUUCUGACGAAGAAGACGAUCGCAAUCAUAAGAGAAUACGCUCUCGGGUUUAA